AUGACACAAGCUUCUGUAGCCGGCCACCUUUUCCGGGGAAAAGAGGAUUUUUUACAAUUUCUCAAACAUAGCCCCAGCCUCCGCCUCUAUUUCCACCUCUUGAAUUCUAGGACAAAACAGUCAUUCGCCCAUGAAAGGGAGUUUGAGGUUGGCAAGUUGACUGAUUAUUUAUCUACAGCCUUGCCAAAUUCAGUUAAUCUUGAUGAGAAAAUGUAUGAUUUGUACAAUGGUUGGAGGAAGUUUGCACCAAAUUUUGGUGCAAUUUGGUGCAAUAGGGCAUGCAUUGGAGAUGCCCUUAUUAGUGUAGUUGCAUUUAGUAAAAGCUAUAGAGGGAAAGGAUUCGAUGGCAGAGAAGUAAAAGAUAUUCUUGAUGAAGCUAUGGAUAUGGCGAAUAAUUCUGUAACUGGACACCCAGUGAAGGUGGAUAAAUGCUUUCAGAAACUUGAUUCAUACUUACAAAAGGUGCUUGACGAACAUCUGCAUCAAGAAAUGAGAAAUGGAGAAGAUGAAGAUCUUGUUGAUGUUUUGAUUGGAAUGUCAAAGGACCCUACUGUAUCUGGAGUUUAUAUAAGUAAAGAUCACAUCCAGGUCCUUCUCAUGAACACAUUUCUAGGGGGUGUGGAUACCUGUGCAAUCACCUUGGUGUGGGCAGUGUCUGAGCUAGUCAAAAAUCCUAGAGUAAUGCAGAAAGUCCAAGUAGAAAUCUUAGGCAGCGUUGGAAUGAAACCAACGAUGGAUUCAGAUGAUCUAAAAAAAACAAGAGUUUUGAUCACUGCUUGGGGAAUAUGGAGAGAUCCAAACAGUUGGAAGAACCUUAAUGAAUUUUUCCCUGGAAGAUUUGAGGACAGCAAGAUUGACUUCAAAGGGCAACAUUUUGAGUUACUGCCAUUUGGGGCUGGAAGGAGAUUGUGCCCAGGAAUAAGCACUUCCAUUGUCACUGUUGAGUUUACAUUGGCCAGCCUUUUUGUACUGGUUCUGCAGAUAUUAUUUCUUAAUACUGAGAUAUUGUUGUAUUUCCUUGGUUCUUGUAGUGUUUAUAUUGAUAUGAUAAUUGAUCUUGAGAUUGCUGAAAUUUUUUGUAAUAAGGAAUAA